AUGUCAUCUCCAACCUCAUCCACCUUACUCUCCACUCAAAACCUCGACACAGCAUCCACCGUAUCAGAAGUCUUCCACCAAUACCAAACCCUCAUCCGCUUAUCUCUCCGGCACAUCCAGAUCCUCAAAGCCCAGUCCCAAACCCUAGCAGACGAAUCUAACACAACCUACGAAGAUAUUGAAAACGACAUCGCGCGGCUAACAAAUGCCGUAGCGCAAGAAUACGAUGUUAAUAUUGAGUAUGCGAGGUUCUUGGAUGGGUGGAUGGAUGGGAAGGUGGUUUUGGUGAGAAUGAGGCAUUUGAUCAAUCUUAAUACGGCGGCACUGUUGAUCGAUUAA